AUGAAUGAACCGAAGGGUAAUGAAGCUUCAGAUUCAAAAGGCAAAGGGAAACUUAUCUAUGAUACUGAUGAAGAAGAACCUGACGAGCAUGACUUAAAACAAAGAAAGGCUUUUGAUAAUCCCAACAUUUACUGGCUGGAUCUAGUUACUUCAUUUGAACUGGAGAAUACGCUGGAUUCACAACUAGACAUGCCUCUCACACCGAAGGCCUUUCUGUUUUGGAGGUUGGAGGUCAUUGUGAACACUCUUCCAUCAGAUGUGAAUGUUGACAAAUCUUUGAUGGAGUUCUAUCUCAAGCAUGGAAAGUCUCACAUGGAGUGCACUGAAGAUAACCGCUAUGAAGGUUAUAGGGCUAAAUUUGACUGA